AGUAACUAGCAAAUUUCAAAAUUUCGCUGUCAUACUUGAGAAUGUGAAAUGGAUUCAGAUCAAAUUAAUAAAUAUACUUUUUUGACGACAUACAGGAAGGAUUAUGUGAAAAAGCCGAUAAAACAUCUACGGGCGGAGGCAAAAAAUCAAGAGUUUGAGGACCCCAUCAGUGAAGGAUUUAAGGAGUUUUUAAUUUUGGAUAAAACAGAUCUAAAACCACCGAACGAAAACGGCGACGAAUACUUGGAAAAAUUCAAACAAAAAUACAAAGAGAUUGCAAGGAUUCACUUUCAAGAACCGUUAGAUAAAGAUGCCAUAAGGAAAAAUAAAGUCACAAAAGGGGCCGUUACCGAAUACCAGAUGAGCUAUUGUGACAUUGAAAAAGAUACUCAAUUCAACUUGGAUAAACGCAACAGAAAAUUCACUUUGGCAGAUGAUGCGGAAAUACCGUUAACAACUUAUGGAAUUUAUUUCAGAGAUCAGACAAAGGCUUUGAGACCUCCGCUCAUUAUCAUACCGUCAAAUACUUUACACACGCAUGGAAACCUCGCCUGCAGUCACUACAUCAGCGAAUACACGGACCACAUUGGCACAUUUGGCGAAUUUAUUUUAGAAAAAAGCAUCCAAGGACGCAAACCUCCCCCCGAAACCUGAUUGUCAAAAUUGUGUCAAAAUUUCAGUUCAAUAAAAUUUUUCGUUCAAAAUUCGCAAUGGUUCUCGAUCAAUUUCAAACCACAUACAGAAAGGACUACAUAUGGCCUUACGUGCGCGCUUACGGACUAAAGACAACUCCUGCGUUACCUGAAGCCGGCGACCACCUCACGUGCGAGUGCCACUGUCCAAAAAUCGACAAAACUAAACAAGUCGGGCUCGACCAAUCCGAAGCCGCAUGGAGUCGUCUAGGCCCCAUGGGCCCCCUUCUAGACCCCAAAGUGUACCCUGUGAAAGUGGGCGCAAGCCCCGAAUCACAAGUCAGUCGCUUCAACCAACCUAACGUCUACUUGCAAAAACUGAAAGACAAGUUCCCCUACAUUUACGAGUGUUUGAGGAAUGCACCACCUGAUGAUCUGAUCUCGCGUAUCAAUCGCGAUCGGCUAAGGACCACCUACCAAGUCGAUUAUUGCAAAUUACAGGAGUAUCCUGACGCUCCUUACGACGAGCUGUUGCGAGCGGCUGGAGUGUCUGGAAUCGCCCCAUGUCCUGCCCCUGUGCGACUUCCUGGCGACCCUUGCAGGCCCAACCAGAGGUCCAUCGCCUACCGUCCUGCGGUUAUCAGUAACCGGGUUGGGGGCGGUAAGAGCGAAGGCCGGUCAAGAGGCGGGGACGACAACGCCAUGAGCUCCUACUGCGCUGGAAGCUGUCGAGGGCCUCUGGGUUCAAUGACAGCCGGCGCGACGGAGUACCAAGACGCCAUAUCCCGUCUCGGCCAGAUGAUAAUGCGUGACAAAAUCCACUUCUCUCUCCCCAAAAAAAUAAUCUAGCCGUCGUCCAAACAAUUUUUAUUUGCCCUGCCACUCGGAAAAUGGAUUUCGUUACGAUUUUGACAAGAUUGUCACAAAAUUUCGUGUGUUAUUUAUUU